CCGACCAGCUGUUUGUUGGAUUGCUACAACCAGAAGCGAUGCUUACACGCCAACUUUUCUUCAACUCCCAGUUGAGUCAUGAUAUUCCACGUAAUCCACUUCCCUGAAUUUCUAUGUCUCGCUUGGCAAACCUUGCGGCGUUCGAUCUUUACCGCCACAAGCAUCCUCAAUUCGAAGAAGACGACAAAGGUCGAUCUUAAUUAAUCAUCCUCCAAGAACUGCACGCGGAUAUUGAUGGCCACUGCAACCAUGCUUUCUUAGUCAGAUCUUGCAGACACGGUCCGUCGCCUUUUAUUAAUUCCAUGAAUUUCACGGCAAAGAGAUGGAUUUGGCGUAGGAUCUUUAACCGUGCAAGUUUCCGCCAAUGAUUGGAUCGAUAAAUAUAUAUAAUGCUCUGCUUUGAUUUGGUUGAGGCGAUAGGUCGAGCAUAUACAGUGCGUUUUGCGAGAGAGGAGAAGUGGUGAUGGCGGGGCAAACGGGGAGCAUCGCGGCGAGGUGGCGGGAGCUGCAGGGGCGGGACGGGUGGAAGGGCCUGCUGUCGCCGCUGGACGUCGAUCUCCGGCGGACUUUGGUGGCGUACGGCGAACUGGCGCAGGCGGUGUACGACGGGUUCAUCCGGGAGCGGAAGUCUCGGUUCGCGGGCGCGCCGAGGCACGCGCGGGCGGACGUUCUGUCGAACUCGGCGGCGACGCAGGGGCAGGCGGGGAUGUACCGGGUGACGCGGUUCUUCUACGCGACGUCGGGGGUGGAGCUUCCGGAGGCGCUGAUGCUGCGGUCGCUGUCGCGGGAGCCGUGGAGCAAGAGCUCGAACUGGAUGGGCUUCGUGGCGGUGGCGACCGACGCAGGGGCGGCGGCGCUGGGGCGGAGGGACGUGGUGGUGGCUUGGCGGGGGACGUUGCUGCCGCUCGAGUGGGUGGACAACUUGGACUUCACGAUGGCGGAGGCGCCGGAGCUGCUCGGCACCACCGCGCCGCUAGUGCACCGCGGUUGGCUCUCCGUCUACACCUCCUACGACUCCACGUCACGGUACAACAAGACCAGCGCUCGAGAUCAGGUGCUGAAGGAAGUGAGACGUUUGGUCGACCAAUUCAAAGACGAGCAGAUGAGCAUCACCGUCACCGGCCACAGCCUCGGCGCCGCCGUCGCCACCCUCAACGCCGUCGACAUCGUAGUCAACGCUUUCAACCGCCCUUCCUCCUCCUCCUCUGCCUCCUCUUGUCCUGUCACGGGCUUCCUCUUCGCUAGUCCCCGAGUCGGCGACUUCGAGUUCAAAAAGCUCUUCGCCGUCCUUCCUGACCUCCACCUCCUCCGCGUCCGCAACGCCCUCGACGUCGUCCCCGCUUACCCCAUCCUCCCUUAUACGGACGUCGGAGUCGAGCUCCCCAUCGACACCCGCAGCUCGCCCUACCUCAAGAGGCCCGGCGACCUCACCACGUGGCACAACCUCGAGUGCUACCUUCACGGCGUCGCCGGCGCUCAGCCCGGGAGCAAAUCCGGCUUCAAGCUCGCCAUCGACCGCGACAUUUCCUUCGUGAACAAAAGCACCGGCGCGCUCAAGGACGAGUACCUCGUCCCGGACUCGUGGUGGGUCCCCAAGAACAAGUGCAUGGCCGAGGACACCGGCGGGCGGUGGAAGCUCGACGAUCACGAGGACGAUGACAAUGCUUGAGAAUUCACAAAUGAACAGUCAAUAAUCGUUCCGUUUAAAUACUGUAAGAAUAGAAAAAUUAAUAAGAGAUCAGUGUAUUGGUCGAUGAAUAUUGAAUUGAUGCUAUGU